UCCCACCUAAUUUGAAAGGGCAACGAGAAAUUAUUAGGAUUUGUGCCCAAAAACUAUCGCUCAAAUCUGACGUUGAUUUGGAAGAAAUUGCUUCCAUGACUAAGGGACUAAAUGGAGCUCAAAUCGUUAACAUAUUUAAUGAAGCCUCUAUUUUAA